GGUGUUGUUCAUAAUGGCUGUUUUUUAGUUCUCCUUUUUCCUCACUUCCCCGCUCACUAUUGCGGAUUCUCUUCGAGCUCCCUAGUGCGCGGUUAUCGCUUGCUUUUCGAUCUCCUAGCCUGCUUCUCGUUUUCGGUUUCGCUUUGUGAUUUGGAUUGCUGCUUUCUCGUUUGUACUUCCGUGUUCAGACCUACUCGCCUGCUUCCUGGAUUCGAUUUCGCCUAGUGUUUUGGGAUUGUUGCUUCCUCCUUGUCUCUCCGUGUUCAGACCUACUCACCUGCCUCCUGGUUUUCGUUUUUGCCUAGCGUAUCUGCUUAGUGUCUUUCUCUUGAGUCCUGCAUAGGAUCCUAUUGCCCUAGCAGCCUAUCUUACAGGGGGUGCGUGUCUGAUAGGAGUCAUCGCGCUUCCUCUGCACGCCUCUCUACCGGAGUCUUUUCAGGAGCUCACAAAUGGCCAGCGCUCUGUGUAAGCAAGAGCUGACCUGCUCCGUGUGUCAGGAGAUUUACCGCGACCCUCACCAGCUCGUUUGCGGCCACAGCUUCUGCCACUCCUGCGUCCAGGCGCUCAUCCAACAGGUGCCGGCGGGGGACAGACUCGCUUGCCCGGUGUGCCGGAAACGCUUCCCGGAGCCGCCGAGCCUCAGGAGGAAUGAGCCUCUGGCAAGCGCCGCAAACGCUUUCCGCAACAGCCAAGCGGCCGGCGGGACCUCCGCUGUGCCCUGCGACUGGUGCCAGAAGAAAUCGGCGGUCAGAUCCUGCCUGAAGUGCGAGUUGUCCCUGUGUUCGCUGCACCUGAAGCCGCACCUGGAGAAACCGGCCUUCCGGGACCACCCGCUGGUCGGGCCGGUGCGGAACUUCGAGCAGAGGAAAUGCCCCGAUCACGGCGAGAUGUUGAGAAUGUACUGCUCGACCGAGAAGAUGCCCAUGUGCUCGCUGUGCGCGGUGUCCGGGACACACCUGGGCCACGACGUGAAGAGUUUCGAGGAAGCGGAGACGGAGUUUAAGGCCACGCUACUGUUAUUCCUGGAGCACGCGAACAACAAGCUGCAAGGGAACGAGGCAGCCCUGAGAGAAGAAAAACGACAGCAAGAAAUGAUUGAGAACUCUUCAAGGGUCUUAAAACAGAAAAUGGACCGGGUGGCAACUGAUCUGAAGAAAAAAAUGAAGAAGUUUCGCUCAAAUCUGAGUGAAUAUUCUGACCAAGAGGCAUCGAACGCCAAGGCUAAACUGCAGAAGAACAGCGCAGAAAUCAGGAAAGACAAACACAGAGUGCAAGAUAUCAAGAACAACAUUGAGACCCUGCUGCAGGAACAGGACACCUUUCAGCUCAUUCAGGUAUUCCACUCCAAAGAAGAAAAAAUCCGAAAGGAACUGGACACACCUCUUUAUAAGCCUGUUGUUGUGAGUCUGGAUAAGAAUAAAGUCUACAAGAAGAUUGAGCAGAGCUAUGCAGAGCUCCAGACGCUGGCCACAAAAUUCUUCAGUGAGCUGAAAAGGGAAUGCUAUCGCGAGCAGCUGACCUUGGAUAAGAGCACCGCCCACCCCUACCUGCAGAUCACCGAGAACGGCUUGACGGCCAUAAAGACCGAAGACGAGCAGCCCUACCCGGCCCAUCCCGAGCGCUUCGAUUUCUGGCCACAGGUGCUGACCAACGAGUGCUUAGCGUCUGGGAUUCACUACUGGGAGGUGGAGACUCAAGGGCACUGGGUCAUAGGGCUCACCUACCGGCCCGCCAGAAUCAAAGGGAAGGACGAUGGCUUCCUGGGGCAGAAUCGCAUUUCCUGGAGCCUCAUGCAGAACGACAAGGGGGAGCUCUCGGCCUGGCACGCCAGUAAAAAGACAGCCCUGCCGCGGGCCCUGAAUCACAGCAGGGUGGCGGUGACCCUGGACUACAGCGCUGGCACGCUUUCCUUCCACGAGGUGGGAGGCUCACUCAGCCACUUGCACACGUUCACCACCACCUUCACUCGGCCCGUCUGCCUGGGGUUUGCGGUGUACUAUAAAAAGCCGCCCAGCUUCAUCACGCUGGUGAAGGUGUAGGCGUGCCAGAGGGUAACUCUCAUUCAGCUAUUGCACUGUCCAGUCACAUCAUAUCACUGCUCUUGCAUCUUUGCGCACCAUGCGUUCAUAUCAUUUUAAGUUACACACGCUGAAAACUAACAGGCAGAUAGUUACAGAUUCAUGACGCCUCAGUCCAGAACUUAUUCUGGUGUCUAUGGUGUUAGGUUAACAGAGAGACAGAGACUCCCCUCUAGUUGGGAUGUCUGUCCUAAACCUUGCUCAAGAUACAACAGCAGUGUCUGAAGCUGGGACUCAAACCCACAGUCCACCAGUGAAGAGUCCAGAGACUUACCCACUACACUACACUACCCACUGUACUGUAUAAUGCAGAAAUGAGCAGGUGGGGACUAUAAAUCUAAAUCUAUGACUAUACUGCUGUAAAAAAACUUAACCCUAAUGAAGGUCUGCCUUUUAUAUUUUGGAAUAAUUGCAAGAUAUUGGUAAGUGGUUGGAAUUGGUGUUGCUUGAGGGUGUUUGUGUAAAUUACUCCUGAUUUCUGGGAAGACGGAAGUCCUGCUGAGCACAGGGGGAGUGCCGGUUUCUGUUGCCUAGAAAUUGAAACUGCUGUGCUUUUCCUACUGGAGAAGUCUUUUCUAUCAGGGAAUCUAGACCAUGUCUAAAAAAAGGAAAGCAAGCUCUAUUGACCUCAGUCCUCCUCUGGUUUACAUCUGUUUCCUGACGUUACUUUUCUAAACAAAAUGCAGAGAAUAGAUAUUUUUGAUAAUUUAGGAGAAUAACAUUCCUGCAUUGCUGCUUUCAGCUCAUUUGUCAAGAAUGGUUCUUCUUCACGAUUAAAGCUUGAAUGCUGUGUUCUGUUGCAGUGUAUUAAAAUGGCUGGUUUCAACAUCAGCACUCCCAUGUU